CUUUCGAAUCAUCGUCUUUAUAUAUGAUCAACAUAUAUUAUGUCCCAUCUACCGCCUAUCACAUCAGCUACAGCAAAACUCCCUGAGCAACGUACGAACAACCCCCCGUACUCGGUCCAAACAGGCCGCAAUGUCCACUCCAUUACCAUUGGCCCUUGGUCCAUAGUCUCCACAAAGAAACCCAUACUGAACGGCAAAGAGAUUGAGGCUAAACCCGCUCAAAGUGCUGAGAAAUCACUAAAUCUCCCUUUACCAGAAAUGACAUUCGGUAACAACUCGCUCUCUCUUGUAUACAAUCCCACGACCGCUUCCCCAUUAGAUUCGACAGCUGCAUCUAGGUAUAUUGCUGUAUCUACGGAGGCGCGUGUAAACCUGAGCUUCAAGACACUAGAUGCUCUAGCAGGUGUUGCGACAGGAGAAGGCUGGGAAGACAGAGUUGGAGGUGGUGUGUUGGUUAGUAUGGCGGAGAAAUGGGGAAAGAACAAAUCAUGGGCAACCACAGAAAGCACUUCAUUACCCGCUGCCGGAGUAUUUGACGUCCCCGUCCCAUCUAAACCUGUAAAGCCUCAUGAUUGGACAUAUUCCACAUGCUACGCUGGGUCAGUUGCUGGGCCAUCUACAUUCGAACCAUCAUCAACUCACUCCCUUCCCCUUUCAUUAUUAGCUCGUCAAGAUCCCGUCUUGGACCAAAUCUUAUAUUACGAGGAUGUUCCUUUAUAUGAGGAUGAAUUGCACGACAACGGCGAAUCAAUUCUCAAUGCUCGUAUUAGAGUUAUGCCUCACUCCUUCUUCAUUCUCGCGCGCCUCUUUGUCCGCGUCGACAACGUCUUAUUCAGAAUUUAUGAUGUCCGAAUAUAUCAUGCGUUUGGCAGUGACGAAAUAAUAAGAGAAGUUUCGGGUAUGGAAGCAGGUUAUAACACCGUAAAGCAGUUCCUUGAGAAACCCUCAGACCUCUCUCCCCUCACAGACCCCAACUGGGUAUACAGCGUAAUGACUCAACUCUCAAACCUUCCUGUUCGUGCCCCGGCCCACAGACGCUCUUCAUCAUCGAGUAGUCGACAUGGUAAACCUUGGCCUGGAUUGGGUAAGAAAGUGGAAGUGUUGAAGUUACCAAAGGCAGGUGUGGAUGAAAUUGGAGAAGGAUUGGAUAAAGUGCAACUGUAAUGUGGCCGACUUGCUUCAAAAUCGUCGCGACUAAUGUACAUAAUUAACGAAUGGACGCCGUGAUGGUCCCAAGACUUUUACUAUGCAUGACUAUUGACUGUCUACAAACCUUCUCAAUGCGCGAAUCUCGUCGAAAGACGAUUUACAACACCCACCUACAACGACUCCCUUCCAAACCCCUUUCCCUUCCCUCUCUGCUCCUCUUACUCCUUUCGCCACAUCACCAACGACCUCUGCCCAUUUCUCAGCAUUCUCCGGACUCUGAGGGGCUACAACCCACGCUCUGGUGGUGGUAUCAUACAUCUGUCCCCCAUCAGGGUAUAUCACCAUUUCCACUUUACCGAAAAACUCAAAAGGAAGGUGAGAAGUAAAUGACGAGGAGAGAAAAUGGAGGUAAGACGGAUUAGUGCAGUUGAUUCCGAUUCCGUUGGGGAUGGGAUCAGGUCCGGAGAAGAGGGAGUGGAUCACCUGUGGGAUGGAAGCGUGCGAACCAUCAGGAAGGAGUUGGGGGUGUUGUCCCAUUGGGAAGGGACUGGUUAUCCAGAACUUUUUCUCCCACCACAAGUCAAUAUUAUCCCCAUCAGCAUAGAGGGCAGAAAGUUUCCCCCUCAAUAUCGCCAUUGCCCGCCUGAUACCACGGACUUCAUGUAAAACAGGUAUCGUCUCAAAUGCUAUCCACUCCACCUCCCGCCAAGCCGCUCCAUCGUGACUGAUCGCCUCGAGCUUAUCCAAGUGGUGAUACGCAAGCGCUUGGAUAGCUGCUUCCUCUUCAUCAUUAGAGUCGGGAGGGAAAGCAUUGGUAGAUGUUGAAGGCCCAAAAGGAGGGGGAUAGAUACCACCAUAUUCUUGGCCAGGUUGGAGAGUCGAGCCGUAAGGUCCGAAGGAGAGUACGACUUUGCUUUUGUUACCGCCUUUACUUUUUGUGUUAUGUUCCUCAUUGCGAGAAGAGCAAGAGGCGAUACAGGAAGCGACCAGUUUGACCCCUGAACAGAGAAUACAUUCAGCCUCUUCCCUAGGGCAGUGGAGAUGGUCGCAUAGGUUUUGAGGUGUGAGUUGGUAUCUGUUGUCCGACACAUUUUAUUAGAACUUUCAGACUCCAAUGAUAUGAAUAUGUUGAC